CACUCCACAUGGACUUGGAACUCUGGACUUGGAGAAGAUGAUGAACGGUUCUAGGUAAAGAAUGAGUGACUUCCUCGACCACACUGACCGUCCAAAGAUUGCCUGGUCCAAGACACUUAGCAAUCUCACUGCUAGCAAUAUAACUCCUUCACCUGCGUCAACAUUGUCCUCUGGUCCUACCAAACCUCGUAACCAAGUUUCCCGCAAGUUGGCCGCACAAUUGGCAGCAGCUGCAGGAUAUUCAGAUGUUGAAAAACUUUCUGAAGCUGCUUCAAAGGGCGACAUAGACAGCUGGGACCCAAGAACAUUCGAUCACGAGUCGCGCUCGUUCAAUUCGUAUGAGGAGGGUGGUCUUGGCUCAGUCAUGCAGAACUGCAAGGAGUCUGGCCCCAAAACCGUCAACCUCUAUGUUGGUAAAAUACCAGCCACCCUCACCAAGGAGGGUCUUCGUAAACUCUUCUCAAGGGCUGGGAAAGUGAACCGUGUUUUUCUCAACAACCCCAAGACUGGGCAAAACCUCACCUUUGGGUUUGUCGAAUUCAAUACAAUCAAAGAAGCAGCUUCAGCAAUUCAAUUACUACACAAUUUCGAUAUUGGCAACGAUGACCGCCUUGUUGUCAAGAUAUCCGAAACACACGAACAGAAAGAAGCCAGACUUUCAAGACGAACAAAUUCACUUGCUUCUCACGUCCCCUCAUUUGACGAUACUGAGUGUGAUUCUAUCACUGACAAUACUCAUGAUAACCCCCUCCUACCACAAUACAAGUCGCUGUCCCUACGGAGUCCCGGAAAACCAAAUCCAGCUUUCGACAGUAUUGUAGGCACACAGAGGUCCCCGGCAGGUGGGGCUACUAGCCUGAAAGCUAUGUCCAGUGCAUUUGAGCAGGAACCAAAUGAGAAAGUGUGUGAAAGAGCCUCUUCUGUGAAUUCGACUCGAAUUAACGAUUAUCUUCCCUGCCAUGUGUGUGACACAUCCACUUUCAAUCGUUGCUCGUUGUGCAAGACAGCUUAUUGUUGCCUACGCUGUCAAACCCAAGACUGGCCAAAGCAUCAAUCGGAGUGCAAGCUAAUCCAACUCGAGGGGAACGUUGGUUCUGUUGACCCUCCAACCCCACCCAGACCCUGUACCCCCCCACUUCAUAAAACAAGCAAUGGUCUACUUAGAGACGAUUCUAGUGACAGUUUCGAUGAGCUAUAUGUCGAUGAAGAUGUCAAGUAUCAGCAACUCAAAAACGAAUUUAGUUUCGAACAGAAAAAUGUGGAUACUCAAAACAAGCCUGCGGAGGCUACGACACCUUCUACUGAAGCUGCGAUUAUGCAAAUCCCAUCUGCAUUUGCACCGGUUACUGCUGCAGCUACACCUUCUUUUGAGAGUGAGCUUUUCCAGAAUCCUUCCAAAAACCGUUACAAAGAGGCUGAAGGAGUUCCUUUGCAAGCUAUUCUACCCCAAUUCGACCUGGUGGCUCAGCCGUUGCCGUCUAUUUCCCUCAGGGAUACCGAGCUUCCCGAAGAUUUUCCUGUGAUUGUUACAGCGUAUUGCGAUGUUUCACACUUUAGUGUUAUUCCAGCCUCAGUUGAAACUCUCCAAGCGUUCCUUAAAAUAAAAGAUUUCGGUGAUAGGUCUGAUUUCAGUCCCGAAUACUCUUCAACUAUUGGUACGAUUUGUGGGUACAAAGAUGAAAGUGGAACCUUCUAUAGACUAAAGAUUAUCCACACACCAACACAAACUGUUGAUCUUUAUGACACUGGUUACAGAGCCAUUCUCCCGUUCACUUCAUUCGUUAAACUCCCCGAUGAACUUAUCUCCAUCCCGAGUCUGUAUAAAAGGUGCUCCCUCAAUGAUCUGCGACUAAACCCUGAAGUGCCUGGUGGAGUCGAGUAUCUCAAAGAAUUAAUCGAUCUAAAACCUGUACUCAUAAAUAGCGCCAACCUAUACAGUAGCAAUGACAUGCAGAUCCUCUGUUGUUGCAUAUCCACUUUGGACAAGCUGGUCGACAUUCAUGGCAAAAUUGCUGCCAGUCAAUUCUGUACAAAGAAGAACUAUAAUAACAAUUCCAACAUGUCAAAUCCACGGUCUCUUAAUAAACUAGCACUCGAUUCAAACCAAUCUGGACACAGAUCACCUUUUGGCACGGCUCAAAAUACAUCGACUCCUGGGCAGCCAUCGGUCAAUGGUGGCACACUUUACAAACCAGUCCAAAUGGCAUGCAAGGUCCCUUUUCACUGCCCACCUUUCAACGAAACUUUGACCAUCAUCCCCAGGGUUGUCCUAAACCCAAACAUGAUAUGGGCUCAAACUAUUCACAAGAACUUUUCCAAUUUUCACAAGCUGCAAGCUGAUGUCAAUUCCAUGUAUCAGUCGUCUGUGGAUAGUUCCUACGCACCUUCUGUUGGCGAAAUGUGUAUUGCCAAGUUCUCUAGCACCCAGUCUUUCUAUCGAGCUGAAGUGCUCUGUGUGAACCACAACGGAACGGUUGACGUGCAUUUUGUAGACUUGGGUAACCGAGAGACUGUCUCUACCGAGCAACUUCAUUACACAAUGUCCCACUUCCUCACUCUACCAAAGCAAGCGCUGAAGUUCUCCCUCGCUGGUCUGGGCCCUGCUAACACUGCACACAGCUGGAGCGAUGCAGCUGUCAUUGUAUUGAAAGACAAGAUAGUGAAUCGUCGAGUGCAAGUGAAGAUAUUGUCCGUCACGAACGAAACGUUGGAGAUUGAAAUGUACGAUCCUGAAGAUCCCUCGCUGACUAUAAACGAUUUCCUUGUACAGAGAGGACUAGGGAGUGUUAAUGUCACAUGUGUGGGCACACCCACCAUCCCUACAACACCAACUGGCAGCAUCACGGGAGUUUCCGUUAGCUCCACCGCUCAAUCACUUGCAAUGGCUUUCAAGAAAUUAGUGAGCCCUAGCGCUGACCCCAAGCAGAGUGGCGAUUAUCUUCCUUCUAUUUCUGAGUCACCUGCAGUGAUGAAUAAUGUUGCUACAGCUGGUAUUGUUAAUGGUCACCAUGUGCCACCGCACAAAGUAUCUCCGUCUAGUAUGAACGUUUCCUCUGUGGAAAAGAUGUUGUCUUUUAAUUCUUCUGAAUCAAGUGCUGCAGAGGAUCAUUUCGAGUCUUCUACCAUGGCACCCCCAAUUGAUGAAGUAAGCCCUCGUUGUAAUGGAGUACAUUCCUCUUCAGCUACAAAGUUUUCUCCUACUUUUAACGACGAACUGAUAAUCAAUUACGUUGAGCUGAAAAAGGACACGAUAUGUCAAGUGACUGUCACUCAUAUUACCAACCCAUCUGAUUUUUGGGUGCAACAGUUGAGUAAGCUAGCCGUCAACAAACUAAUGUCUUUGUACGAUAAGAUCAAGAAGACUGAACUCGUGCCUCUAACUUCUGUCUCUGCUGGUGACUUGUGUUUGUGUCGAUUUUCUGAAGACAAACAAAUUCAUAGAGCUCGUGUACAUUCUAUAGAAAACAAAACUGCUGUUGUCAUCUAUCUCGAUUAUGGUAACUCUGAAACUGUCCCGUUAAAUGACCUCUACGCAGUUAGCAGUGAAUUGACUUCGUUCAAGCAGCUAGCGACAUCGUGUACAAUCAAUAAUCUUCUCAAACCAGACGGAAAGUUGUCCAAGUGGAGCGAAAGCUCUGUUAUCUUCUUCAAAGAAAAAGCUUUUGACAAAGAAGUUGAAAUGAGAGUUGUUAAAUGUAUGGGACGCAAGCAUGUUGUCAAGAUCUUUAUCAAUACCAGUAAAGGAAAGGAAAACAUGUUGGAUUUGUUUGUUAAUAGUGGACUGGGAAAAAGAAGUGAUUUGCCAAGUGAAGAACGUAAAAGAAAGCAAAGAUCCCCUCAAAAGAACGAGUCUAAUUUCCGGCAAAGAUCCAGCCCCAGUGAGAAUAGUUCAACAACUUUUCGGACUGAUAAAAAGUUUCCUACUGAACAAAAUUCCGGCACGUUUCUUCGGCGAGACCGUUCAACUGAAGAGCCGUAUGAAAUCUCUCUAUCCAAUUCAAAACUCUCUCCUCCCCCUCAAGCACGUGUGUAUUCGAAAGUAGCCGACAUGAAAGUGGUCGAUCUUUGUGGAGAAACUGAUGUUAUGGUGUUGGAAGUCUAUCACCCUCAGAACAUUGUUGUGCAACCGGCCAGUACUGGGAAUGCUGAAUGCCUUGAUAAACUGUCCACCAGUUUGAGUGCACUCACGGUGCAACCUUCAAAGUCUGAUUUGCCUGGUGUUGGCUCUCUCUGCUGUGCUAAUUUCUCGCUGGAUGGACUUUGGUAUCGAGCGCAAGUGUUGAAACAUUCUCCGUCUGGAGCUGAGGUCUACUUCAUCGAUUAUGGUAACACGGAAACUGUUCAGGCUCAAAGUAUCACCCAGUGCCCCCAGGACGUUGCCGAUAUCCCUGUAUGUGCAGUGAAGUGUUCUCUGAAUGGAAUAUCACCUGCUCCUCCCAACACCGAGUGGCCAUCCGAAGUAGCAGCUCGUCUCAAGAUUCUGUGCUCAGAGAAAAUCCUUCACGCGAAGGUGCUCAGUGCCAAUUCUGCUAAUGGUGUGAAGAAUAUUCAAUUGUUUGAUUCUUCCAGUGGUGAUAAGAUGGACAUUGCUGCUAAUUUGAUUCAACAGAAGUUGGCUGCUCCUGUUGCUAUGGCAAGCGUUAGAAUGCCCAAAAUCUCUGAUAUUCAACAAGUUACUCUGCCCUCUGGCGUUUUCCAAGUUGCCAUUAGCCAUCUUGAAUCUCCAGCGGAGAUGUAUGUUCAGCUAGCCACUCCAGAAAAUGCUGCACUCUUGGACGAAUUUAGCACAGAUCUCAACGACAAAUUCUCAUCCAAUCCUCCCGUUCCACUGAAAACUCUCCCAUCCAAAGGAUCUCUCUGUGCUGCCAAAUUCUCUGACAAUUCCUGGUACAGAGCCGAGGUUUUAUCUGUGUCAGGCACCAGCUGUGAAGUGAGAUUCAUCGACUACGGUAACAAAGACAUGGUUGAUUUGAAGAACAUGACCUAUUGUCCUGAAGAGCUUCUGUCCGCACCUUGUUUUGCCAUCUGUUGUAAACUAACUGGAGUGGAGUCCCCCAGUUUUGACAAAACAUCCUGGACAAAAGAAUCUAUUUCACAACUCAGAAACCUAAUAUUCGAGAAAAUUGUGCAGGCUAAAGUGACUGGUACUGAUGCAUUAAACAAUUCUCCAUUGUUGAAGCUCAAGGAUCCCUCCAGUGAUACUAGUGUCGGCCAAAAGUUAGUGCAGCUCGGAUUUGCAGUGGAUUUGAAUGUCGCCAAGCAAGUAUCAAAUACUAUUCUCCCAUUAGCUACGGUAUUGAAGAAGCAAAAGCUACCAAGUGGGACAUUUGCAUUGAUGGUGACUGAAGUUAUAUCUCCUGGAGAAAUCUAUAUUCAAGUGGCCAAUCCUGAACUGGCCAGCUUGUUGGAUGUGCUAGGUACUGAUCUCAACAACAAGUUCACUCCCGGAAUUCCACCCUCUCUUGUGAUAAAAUCUCCCCCACCUAAGGGAUCUCUGUGCUGUGCUAAGUUCUCUGAUGGUUCCUGGUACAGAGCCGAGGUCUUAUCUGUGUCUGGCACCAGCUGUGAAGUGAGGUUCAUCGAUUUUGGCAAUAAAGACAUGGUCGAUUUGAAGUGCUUAGCUGUCCUUCCCGAGGAGUUUCUGUCUGCACCUUGCUUUGCCAUUUGCUGUGGACUAGCUGGAGUGAAAUCUCCUGCCGCUACUAAGGAAGCCUGGCCGCAAGAAUCAGCUGCACGGCUUGCUCAGUUAGUGGCUGACAAACUCUUGAGUGCUGAAGUGGUGAACGUAGAUCAACCUAACAAUGUUCCUCUUUUGAGACUGAGAGAUUCUGCUGAUGCCGAUUUAAGCCAUGAUUUGCUAGAGAAGGGAUUAGCAUUGACUACUGAAAAAACUUCUCCCCCCAAAAAGCAAGUUGUGUGUUCACAUCCUGUUGCGACGAUGCUGAAGAAGCUAGAGCUACCGACUGGUGUUUUCCAGGUUAUUGUGAGUGAAUGUGGGUCUCCUGGAGAAAUGUAUAUUCAACUAGCCACUCCCAAACUAGCUCAAUCGCUGAGCCAGCUGGGCGAAGAUCUCAAUGACAAGUUCUCUCCAUCUAUUCCACCGUCACUUGUUGUAGAAACGCCCCCAUCCAAAGGUUCUCUUUGUGCUGCCAAGUUCUCUGAUGGCUGCUGGUACAGAGCCGAGGUCUUAUCUGUGUUAGGCACCAGCUGUGAAGUGAGGUUCAUCGACUACGGCAACAAAGACACGGUUCUACUCUAUAAUUUAGCAACCUGUCCUAACGAGUUCUUGGUAGCACCUUGCUUUGCCAUUCAGUGUGGACUAGCUGGAGUGGAGUCUCCUAAUUCAAACAAGGUGAUCUGGCCAGAAGAAUCGAUACUGCAUCUCAAACAGCAAACUACCGACAAGCUUUUGAAGGCCAAAUUAGCCAACAUCCACCCAGUCAGCACUAUUCCCUUUUUGAAGAUGAAAGAUCCUGCUAGUACAAGUGGCACGGAUGUGAGCUCUGAGUUAAUUCAACAAGGUUUUGCAUUGAGCCCAGCCAACUUCUCUCCCAGUGCACCAACCAAAAAGUCACCAACAUCUCUAGUAGCAAAGCCUUCUCCUAAUCCUCUAGCAACUCCUUCUCUCAGUUUACAAGCAACAAAGUCUCCUAACUUCAACAUAGAAAAACAACCAAGACAAUCUCUUCCAAUGGCAACUGUGUUGAAGAAAUAUGAGUUACCUUCUGACGCUUUUCAGGUUGUUGUAAGUGAGGUGGUGUCUCCAGUAGAGAUGUAUGUUCAGCUAGCUACGACAGAGAUAGCUACAAUGCUGGACAAGCUGAGUGCUGACCUAAACAAUCAUUUAUCUUCCAACCCUCCUGUCUCUCUUAUCAGUAAAGCUCCCCCAUCCAAAGGUUCUCUCUGUGCUGCCAAAUUCUCUGACGAUUCCUGGUACAGAGCCGAGGUUAUAUCUGUGUCAUGCACCAGCUGUGAAGUGAGAUUCAUUGACUACGGUAACAAAGACAUGGUUGAUUUGAAGAAUAUGACCUAUUGUCCUGACAAGUUUUUGUCUGCACCUUGCUUUGCCAUCCGUUGUGGACUAGCUGGUGUGGAGUCUCCUAAUUCUAACAAGGCAAUUUGGCCAGAAGAAUCGAUAGUGCAUCUCAAACAGCAAACUACCGACAAGCUUUUGAAGGCCAAACUAGCCAACAUCCACCCAGUCAGCACUAUUCCCUUUUUGAAGAUGAAAGAUCCUGCUAGUACAAGUGGCACGGAUGUGAGCUCUGAGUUAAUUCAACAAGGUUUUGCAUUGAGCCCAGCCAACUCCUCUCCCAGUGCACCAACCAAAAGGUUACCAACAUCUCUAGUAGCAAACUCUUCUCCUAAUCCUCUAGCAACUCCUUCUCUCAAAUUACAAGCAGCAAAGUCUCCUAACUUCAACAUCGAACAACAACCAAGACAAUCUUUUCCAAUGGCAACUGUGUUGAAGAAUUGUGAGUUACCUUCUGACGCUUUCCAGGUUGUUGUAAGUGAGGUGGUGUCUCCAGUAGAGAUGUAUGUUCAGCUAGCUACAACGGAAGUAGCUACAAUGCUGGACAAUCUGAGUGCUGACCUAAACAAUCAUUUAUCUUCCAACCCUCCUGUCUCUCUUAUCAGCAAAGCUCCCCCAUCCAAAGGUUCUCUCUGUGCUGCCAAAUUCUCUGACGAUUCCUGGUACAGAGCCGAGGUCUUGUCUGUGUCAGGCACCAGCUGUGAAGUGAGAUUUAUCGACUACGGUAACGAAGACAUGGUUGAUUUGAAGAACAUGACCUAUUGUCCUGACAAGUUUCUGUCCGCACCUUGCUUUGCCAUCCGUUGUGGACUAGCUGGUGUGGAGUCUCCUAAUUCUAACAAGGCAAUUUGGCCAGAAGAAUCGAUAGUGCAUCUCAAACAGCAAACUGCCAACAAACUGAUGAAGGCCAAACUAGCCAACAUCCACCCAGUCAGCACUAUUCCCUUUUUGAAGAUGAAAGAUCCUGCUAGUACAAGUGGCACGGAUGUGAGCUCUGAGUUAAUUCAACAAGGUUUUGCAUUGAGCCCAGCCAACUUCUCUCCCAGUGCACCAACCAAAAAGUCACCAACAUCUCUAGUAGCAAACUCUUCUCCUAAUCCUCUAGCAACUCAUUCUCUCAGUUUACAAGCAGCAAAGUCUCCUGACUUCAACAUUGAACAACAACCAAGACUAUCUUUUCCAAUGACAACUGUUUUGAAGAAAUGUGAGUUACCUUCUGACGCUUUCCAGGUUGUUGUAAGUGAGGUGGUGUCUCCACUAGAGAUGUAUGUUCAGCUAGCUACAACGGAAGUAGCUACAAUGCUUGACAAGAUGAGUGCUGACCUAAACAAUAAGUUAUCUUCCAACCCUCCUCUUUCUCUUAUCGCCAAAGCUCUCCCAUCCAAAGGUUCUCUCUGUGCUGCCAAAUUCUCUGACAGUUCCUGGUACAGAGCUGAGGUCUUGUCUGUGUCAGGCACCAGCUGUGAAGUGAGAUUCAUUGACUACGGAAAUAAAGACACGGUUGAAUUGAAGAACAUAACCUAUUGUCCUGAAGAGUUUCUGUUCGCACCUUGCUUUGCCAUCCGUUGUGGACUAGCUGGUGUGGAGUCUCCUAAUUCAAACAAGGCAAUUUGGCCAGAAGAAUCGAUUUCACAACUCAGAAACACAACUGCUAACAAACUUAUGCAAGCCAAAGUUAUAGGCUCUGAUCGUUUCCCUUCAUUAGAUCUAUGCGACCCAGGAAGCUCGUCGAAUGUCAGCCAAGACUUGAUUCAACAGGGAUGUGCAGUGGAUCCAAGUGUUACACAUGUACAUGUACCUAUUCCCACCAAAAUAGAGCUGCCUUCUGAUACUUUCCAGCUUGUCGUGAGUGAAGCUGUGUCUCCAGCUGAGAUGUAUGUUCAGCUAGCCACUCCAGAAAAUGCUACACUUCUAGACAAAUUGAGUACAAAUCUCAAUCAUAAAUUCUCAUCCAAUCUUCCUGUUCCACUGAGAACUCCCCCAUCCAAAGGUUCCCUCUGUGCUGCCAAGUUCUCUGAUGGUUUAUGGUAUCGAGCUGAGGUUUUGUCUGUGGCAGGCACCAGCUGUGAAGUAAGAUUCAUUGACUAUGGCAACAAAGACACAGUACAACUCCACAAUAUGACUGCUUGUCCUGAAGAGUUCCUGUCAGUACCCUGCUUUGCCAUUUUGUGUUCUCUUGACAGUGUUGUUUCCCCCAAUGGUGAUCUAAGUGUAUGGCCAGAGAAAUCUAUCUCAGGAUUGAAGCAACUCGUUUCCGAUAUGUUGAUGAAAGCCAAGGUUGUACGAAAUGGUGCUGUUCCAGUGGUUAAGAUAAAGCAGGAGGAAAGUGUGGGGAAAGGUGAUGUCAGCUACCAAAUGAUUCAGCAAGGUUGGGCCCUGGAUCCAAGGAUGCUCUCAGAAUUCUGAUAACUUGAUGUUCUAUUUAGCCAACUUUCUCAUAUAUCUUAACCAACUUUUCACUUAUCAAUCAAUCAAUCAUUGUCGUACUUUGUCUCUUGCUAUUUUGUAUUCAAGGCUUGAUUUAAUUCUCCUAUUUGUACAUGUACAGUUUUUGUGUGAGGUUUUAAUUUGUAUGUGAAUGUAAUGUCACCCUGAA